AUUGCGACCUAAGUAGUUUGAAGUAAGACUUUCAAUUGAAAGCUGUAAAAAUAUUUGCGAAACGACUGUUGUUUCUUGCCAUCUGCUGGCUUAAUAAUUUUUUCAUUGUAUUGUGUGAGCAUUUAUCUUCUUUUAUUGGUUGGAGAGUGCUGUGCUUCUUUUUAAAUGUAUAAUCACGACCUAAGUGCUUCUCAACCAUGAUUUCAAUCGCAACCAGUUUCCAAAUUAUCGAACACGGAUGGAUAUGGGCAAAGACAGCGAUGGAGGAAACAUGGCCAGCAGCAACCAUAUACAAACACCCAACUGUCCUAAAUCCUCUGAGCCAAACUGCGGGCUCGAGCAUUCGACAAUAGAAAUGGUGGUAGCCACUAUAGCAGAAUCAGAAAACAAUGAAAAUGACAAUGGAAAAAUACCCGUUAAAGUGGCUGAGGAGAUCGUCAAAGAUGUUCAAGCCGAAGAAACUUUCUUUUCCAUCGCGAUUCAAGUGUUCAUACCAUUUCUCAUUGCUGGAUUUGGAAUGGUAUUUGCUGGACUGGUUCUGGAUAGAAUACAGCACUGGCCAGUAUUUGAAGAAAUAUCAGAGCUUGUCAUCCUAAUACCAGCUCUGCUGGGGCUGAAAGGCAAUCUGGAAAUGACCCUCGCAUCCAGAUUAUCCACGCAAGCGAACUUGGGUCAUAUGGACACUACCCAGCAGAAAAUCAGUAUUAUCGUCGGAAAUUUAACGCUUAUUCAGAGCCAAGCUAUUGUGGUCGGUUUUCUUGGUGCGCUCGUCGCUAUUAUUAUGGGUGGAAUAAAAAGCAACGAAGUAGAACUGGAUCAUGCCUAUAUUCUAUGCGCUAGUAGCUUGAUCACUGUAUCAAUUGCUAGCUUCGUCUUAGGGCUAAUUACUGCCGGAGUUAUAGUGUUUUCACGACACUGUAAAAUUAAUCCAGAUAAUGUAGCAACGCCUAUUGCCGCUAGUUUAGGAGACAUUACAUCGUUAACUUUGCUCUCUUAUGUGUCGACAUUUUUAUAUGACUCUAUUGGUCAGCAAGAUUGGUUGGCACCGCUGAUUAUUGCCGUAUACAUUUUAGCUAUUCCGCUAUGGGUAUGGAUUGCGAAAAAAAACCCGCAAACUCGAGAAGUCCUUUUCCAUGGAUGGACUCCUGUUGUUGGAGCGAUGCUUAUCAGUUCUAUAGGUGGACUUAUAUUAGAUUUCAUGGUUUCCAGAUUUGAAGGAAUCGCCGUUUUUCAACCGGUAAUAAAUGGUGUUGGCGGUAAUUUAGUGGCAGUACAGUCAAGUAGAAUCUCCACAGCUUUGCACAAAGAGGCUGAACUGGGUAUGUUGAAUUCGGGAAAUUCUCACGAUGAAGAUGAAGCUAAAAAAAUCUUCAUUUCUCCCAUGACUGCCUUUUGCGGGCAUGAUGGACACGCAAGAACUACCAGAGUUUUAAUGACGAUGGUCAUUCCCGGUCAUGUAAUUUUUAUCUACACCAUCGAUUAUAUUAAGGAUGGCGAUACAUCUCUCAGUUCUGUUUUCGUAGUAGUAUAUUUGUUAGCAGCAAUUAUGCAAGUAGCAACCUUACUUUACGUAGCUUAUAUUAUGAUUCAUUGGAUGUGGAAAAAAAAGAUCGAUCCGGAUAAUUCCGCUAUCCCAUACUUGACUUCCGCUGGGGAUUUGCUUGGUAUCACUUUACUAGCAAUUGCUUUUCAGUUCUUGUACCUGGUCUCCGACCAUGAUGUGCAAGUUGAUUAAAUCAAAUAUUACUUUUCUAUUGUGAUAUUGAUGUAGAUCAUACACAUUUUAUACAUAAGUAGUCUAAUGCCUGUUCUGUUGCACCUAUUAAUAAUUUAUUUUUAAUACAAAAUUAGCCUAUAAAAA